GUGGUUCUAGUCGUCGACUGCGGAUGGAGUGCGGCGGACAGGGCUCUGGGACGCGGUGCAUCGGCCCGCCGACGCGGCGGUGUGGUCGUUGCGGCGCCGUCGCGUACUGCUCCGUCUCUCACCAGAUUUCGCAUUGGAGCUAUCAUAAGGAAGAAUGUGAGAGGCUUGAAGAGCAAAUGAGCCGCGUAGAUUCGUUGAAUGAUUUUCCAUUCACAUUUACGGAAGAAGCUAUCCAGGGGAGCAGGUGCUCUUUCCUUAGCAAAAGAGGAAUCCAUCAUACGGGAAUGUGGAUUUUCGAAUGCAAUUGCGGAGCCUCAGCAUGGUCGAUGGGUGUUGCUCGCUUUAAGAGUGAAAGCUGGAAUUUUCCGAGCUCUUCUUGUCCAUGUCGUGGGCCUUCAUCUCCAUUCCCGACCCAGCUAUGCAAUUGGAAGGAGUAUUACGAUUGGAGACGCAUACCGCUUGACUCUCCCGUGGCUUUACUUCUACACUGGCCACUUACAGUAUACCAUGCCAUGCAAGCUGUUGGGCUGAGAAAUUUGACAAGCCAAAACAGUAAUGAAGUUUGCAUACAUUAUCUUGGGCCUCAGAAAGAACUCGGUCAACUUGGUGUCUUUGCUGAGUUGCAAGCUCUCUUCCCUGGUGUGCGCAUUCUUGUAGAACUGGUCGGGCCUGAUGUUCCACUGUAUAGGGAUGGAGAGAAGAUCAGCCUUUGCAGCUUUGCCCCUUGCGUGGAGGAAAACUGCUGUUGUAAAUAUUCAGGCGAAAUGCUAAAAAACAAUGAAGAAUCUGAACCUGUGUCAUUGCGGCUUCAUAGGGGAUUUUAUCAUGAUCGUUACAAAGAUUUAGCAAAGGAUUCUCGUCCUCAUAUAGUGAUCGCUCCAAAUGCCGGCAUUGCUGCUUAUCCGAGCUGGUUGCCAACUAUUGAACUGAUCACGGAGAUGAAUGUCCCGGCCGUGUUUUCGGAUUACUGCGAAGAAGCUUGUCAUCUCGCGGCCUGUUGCGUAAAAACCGUCACCGGGAAACCUCUAUCAUUACCGAUUCAAAUAAAUCCGUUCAGACAGCCAUUGGCAGUGGAAGGUGGUCCUCUUCUUCUCCCUUGUUACUCAAACUGCUUCAUCUUCGGAAUGUGAAAAAAAAAAUGGUCAUUGAGUGAGAUUAUUUAUACAUCAACAUCGCCUUAGUCCCAAGUUUAUUUAGGGUCGGCCGCAUAGAUUCUUCGUUUCCACUCAUUUUGGUUUUUACGUUAGCAGAGAUUAUUUAUAACCAAAAAAAAGUUCAAUUUCGCAUUUCUGAUUUUUUUCUGUCUAGAAUUUUUUAAAAAAUAAAUAAGAAACAGCUUCUUCUUUCACUUUCA